CUUCAUUUCACCGGGGUUUUUAACUCCUGAUAUGAACUUCGUUAGAAAAUAGCUAAAUGAAAUAAAUAAAUGGUUUGUUUAGGAUUACUGGGACUGAAACGAGUUUUCUUGGAGUAAAUAAUUUGAUACUCUCAUUUUAUAUUUUUAUUUAAAAAAAGCACUUUUUGAACAUAUUUGCAUCCAUGUAUGUUUCGAUAUUUUUACGAGUUUAAAUAUGAGUGUUUUUCUAGUAAAUAUUUGAUGUGGAUUUAAAUUUGUGAAUUGAUUAAGAGAUAACAUGAUGGCUGGAUUUAGUUUAACGGAGCAGAUACGAUUUUUCUGGGGACUGGGAGUUGCAUUUACAAUUCUCCUGUACGUGGUAUUCUCAAAUUUUGAUAUUGCCAAAACGCUGCUACAGGAAAAUAUUUCGAAAUACCAAAGCGGGAACAUGCUACAGGAAAACAAUUCAAAGUACCAAAGCGGGAACAUGCUACAGGAAAACACUUCAAAGUACCAAAGCGGGAAUUUUUCACAAAGAUUCAAUCGCCCAACACUUUGGAGUAGACGUAUUGUGAAAGAAAAUGGUUGUUUGGCGUUUAAAGGUGGACAAACGUUAAGAGAUGGUGUAUUGCAAAAUAUUAAAUUAUCAGACAUUUCUUAUUGCAAAAAACAAAGGUUUCUUGUCUACAAAUGUGAUUCAUCAAUGUAUUGCGGAGGUUGGGGUGACCGCCAGAAAGGAAUAAUUUCAACAUUCUUAAUGGCCGUACUUACAAAUAGAGUUUUUGUAAUCGACAUGGACAAGCCUUGUAAAUUAGAUAAUAUUUUACUUCCAAACAGUUACGAUUGGUCUUUGUGUUACAACUUUGUUAAAACCGUGUCUAAAAGAAAUUAUAUUCAAUUAAACUAUAUUGAUAAUUUAGGAAAGAUAAAGGAAACACUACAAAGCUCUGAUUUCAGCCGUACAUGGCCAAAACAAGUUGUAGCUGUAAGGGUGAACAGCUACGCAAUAGAUGAAGUAAGAAAACACAAACUUGCCACAUCAAGAUUAAAGUGGCUUUUAAAUGUUACAAAUGAAAAGGCCAUUCAUUUAGUACUUCACACAUUGUUUAAACCUGGUGAAACAAUAUUGAACGAUGCAAGUGAAUUCUAUGAUAAACACGUGCAAGGCAAACAACUGGUCUGUAGUCACAUCCGAAUGGGCCGAAAUCCAAGUAUACCGUCAGAUGCAAUUCUUAAAGUAUCUAAUGGAACUAUGCUUCUGCAGUUUUUAAAGUCUUUCGAAAAAGAAGUGCAAAACGCUAUAUAUGUUGCCUCCGACUCGGAAGAAAUAAAACAACUUGCUAGAAAAAAUAUAAAAUCAUAUAUCAACAUUAAUCGAACAAUAGUUCAUGUCGACAGACUUGGAAAAUUAAAAGCUAUAAAAUCAGAAUCUUGCAAAGGAUUGGCAACAGCUAUUUUAGAACAGUUUAUACUGUCAUUAUGCGAUAUCUUACUCAUAACUCAAAGCGGGUUUGGUACCAUGGCAGCAUAUAUGAGAGGUUUAGACGACAAUUUGUUUAUUUUCCACCCGAAAACACGUACUAUAGUCAAAUCAGAUUUGGUCAAUGUGCAAAGAGCGUUUAAAUUCCAUUAGAAAUGUACUGAUAUACGUUCAAACGUAUUAAAAGGGACACAAUCUGUGAUAACAAAAUAUUUUGUCAUACAAGAAAGAGUGUUUUGCCUUUAACCAUUAGAGAUGUCAUUGAGAUAACCGCCAGUUUGAUGGCUUUUCAAUUAAAUGGAUUGAAAGAUUUGUGUAGCUAUUUACAAUUAUGUUCCAGCAUGAGUUGUAUUGACUUUUUUUAUGUUUGGACUUCUGUAAUGAAUGGACAAGGAUAAGUUACGUCAUCGAGCACCUGCAAACUUCUCCCAAUUGGACUGUUAUCCCGUCCAGUCGAAGACAAAAUAUUCUUUAUUCGAAUAUAAAAAAAAUAAUGUAGGGCACCAAAGAUUGGCUUAAGUACUUGAUACAACUGUAAAUUUUUUUUGUCUGGUGGAAUAACUUUUGUGUGGGAGUAUAUGUAGAAUUAAAAAAAAACUUUAUCCCGCAUUCAGGACUAAACUAGGCAGUAAACUUUAAACGUUUUUACAAUUAUAUCAAGUACUAAAGGCAGUCUUUGGUGCGCUAUAUUCUAACGAUUUUUUAGAAUAAUAACAUAAUGUUUUUAUCAUUGAGUCGACGACUUGUUUACAAAAAAAAGAAAAUAGUCCGAUUGGGAGCAUUUUGCAGGUGCACGAUGACGUAGUAUCCUACCAUUGGUAAGGAUUUUGUCUCGCAUUUGUCAUACAUUACCUUUUUGUUUAUUUAGCUAGUCAUAAUUGAUUCUUUUAUUGUGAUAUUAGUGAUUUUUGACUGUUAUUUUUCUGUUUGUUUGUUUGUUAUAACAAGUUGCAUAUCAUAUGCCUUGAGUUAUCUUAUAAACCAAUCUCAUAUCUGA